GGUGGCACUUGUUAAGGAGCAGAAACUGCUUCAUGCAAUUUGAAUGUGGAUACCCUCAAAUAAAAACUGAGAGUCUGCACAUUAUGUCCAUGUCCAUUAUAUAACUAUAUUUGGAAUAUGUUUCAGUGAACAGAGAUUUUAAAAAAAACUUGUGUCCUUGUCCAAAUAUAUAUGAAUGUAAACGGUCAGUUUACUGCUGACAACUACUCUUUCAAAAGACUAAACAAAUAUCAGUAGUUAUUAGACUUGCUGUACUUAGUGGCUGGUCUGUGGGAGAGUGGGAGUGGAAAUUGAGUACAGGGGAGCAAGACGACAGGAGCUAAAUGACAUCGUCCCCGAGUCAAAUUCUCAAGAAGACGGAAGCUCUCUCCAUGAUUUGGGUCAAAAAUGAGAACUGUUGAGGCCCGGCUCCUGAGUCCUGGCUGCAGUCCUUGUGCCCAUGAAAAAGGGCCUUUAAAGAGCGCCUUCUUUUAAAAUGCACGGGGGUGGAGGGGAUGGUGGAGGUGGGGCUUGAACAUACAUAAGAGGCUAAGACAGUCCACCAGUCCAAUUUGGCACACCAUCACCAGGCAAUUUGCUGUCGCUUAACCUACACGAGGAAGCUUGGAUCCCUCUUUUCAUUCAGACCCUCUUUAUCCUCUUUGGUUGCUUGUUAAAAACAAUCCUAUUGGAUCAGCCAUCUUUGGAAGAGAAACGCCAUAUUAAUGAUGAGCGUGGGCGGGUUACUCAGAACUGAGACUUUAUCUUGGAUGUCAAAUGUAGACAAUGUGACUGGGGAUUAUUCCCAGGACUUGGUCCUGCAGCCUAUUUGGGACUAUCUCCGUCAGAACUACCACGACCUCCUAAGAAGUCCUCUCUUCCCCGUGGUCCUCUCAGUCACUACCUAUUUUCUCCUGGUCGCUCUUUACACUGUGUUGGACCUGCUUGCUCCCAACUGGCCGUGCAUCAACCGCUACAGGCUGCAUCCAGACAGACCCAUCACCUGGCCUAACAUCUGGACCACCUUGGGUGUCACCAUUUACAAUCACCUGCUUUACAUCUUUCCUGCUGCAGUUGCACAGUGGUUGUGGAGGCCACCAACCCCUCUACCCCCUGAAGCCCCCACUCUCUUCAGUUUUUUCCUGGGCAUCCUGGGCUGUAUGGUGGUCUUUGACUUCCAGUACUACCUGUGGCACCUGCUGCACCACCGGGUUGCUUGGUUGUACCGCACUUUCCACGCAAUCCACCACCAGUACAACCAGCCUUUCAGCCUUGUCACCCAGUACCUGUCUGGCUGGGAGUUAUUUAGCGUGGGAUUUUGGGCCACAGUAGACCCCAUCCUGCUGCAGUGCCACUGCCUCACAGCAUGGAGCUUCAUGGUAUUCAAUGUCUAUGUUUCCACUGAGGAUCACUGUGGCUAUGACUUCCCUUGGGCCACACAUAACUUGGUGCCCUUUGGCCUCUGGGGUGGUGCUCCGAAGCAUGACGCUCACCACCAGAGACCUGGCACUAAUUUUGCCCCAUUCUUCUCUCACUGGGACUGGCUGGGGGCACCCACACUGUGCCAGCUGCCUCCAGCCACUCUGCCACGGGAGAGCCAGAAGAGAUGAAAGGAAGAAAAGACUAAAGAGCUUGAAUUAAUCUUUCAAUGACUCCAUCGCUAGUUUACUCAAACUGCCUCUUUUGUUGAUGCUCUCAUUCCAGCAUACUCAUUUUUCCUCUCUACUCUCCUGCAGACUAAUUUCACUCUUUCACGUCUCCCACUCUUAACUCUCUCUUUGAUCAUAACGAUUCCCACUAUGUGGCUAUCUUUCACUGCAUGGAUAUUUUUCACAU